AUGUCGUGUCUGUGCUGUGCGGUGUUCUCUGGUGCCUGGGGCUGUGUCCCGGGGCUGCUCGUUGCUCUGUCCGGCCGAGCUGGCAGCGCCGCGGCCGGCAGGGGCCGCUGGACCUCUUUUUGGCCAGGCCCGCGAUGCCACGCGGGUGGGGCAGAGCAGGCAGGCGGGGCGGCUGCCCCAGGGGCCGUGCGUGCAGCCCCGGGCUCUCCUCAGCGGGCGCGAGCGCCGCGGCCGGCCGGGCCCCGCAGUCCCAGCAGCCCCACCCGGCUAAGAUGGCGGCCGCCCCACCUCAAGCUGGUCCUGCGCGCAUGCGCCCGGCGGGGUCAGAGUUCGCGCCCGCCCACCACGCGGGACAACAUGGCGGCGCCGGGCUGGAGCCGCGCCGCCGCGCGGACGGGAGCCCAAUGGCGACUGCUGACGGCAGCGAGGCGGUGCAGCGGCCUCCCGCCUGAGGAGCCGCUGGCCGCCGCGUCGCUCCGGCAGCAGACGCAGAAGCAACCGGGCAGCGCUGGCGGCAGCGCGGCGAAGGAACUCCGACAGGUUCCUUCAGAGAAAUCGGAAUCCUUUGCAUCCAUGUUGAGACGCUCACCUUUGAUUCAGAUGGGACCUGCCAAAGAUAAAAUUGCCAUUGGUCGAAUAUUCCAUAUUGUAGAAGAUGACCUUUACAUAGAUUUUGGUGGCAAGUUUCACUGUGUGUGCAAAAGACCAGAAGUAGAUGGAAACAAAUAUCAGAGAGGAUCCCGAGUACGCCUGAGACUGCUGGAUCUUGAACUCACAUCUCGGUUCCUGGGUGCAACGACUGAUACUACUUUGUUGGAAGCUGAUGCGGUGCUUUUAGGGCUCGUGGAAAGCAAGCAAACAAAGCAAAAGGAGUAAAUUUCAUGUAGAUAGAUACACUUUGUGCUUUAGAGCAAAUUAUACAUAUGAAAUGUUCCCUUGGGAGAGAAACGAAAAGUUUCUUUCUUUCCGGUUGGUUAUGUAAAUAGUGAGAUCAGUAAAAGACAAUAAGCACAUUGUACCCGA